AACAAUGGCAGCUGCUAACACGAAUAUCGCAUCAACCGGAAUCGUUCUGGAGGCACUACGAAAGGAUAACUAUGAGAACUGGAGCACUCUCCUGAAGAACUAUCUGGUGGGUCAAGAUCUCUGGCAUGGUAUUAUUGUUGAGGCUGAAGCUGAUGAUCAAAAUAUUCCUCCUGAUCAAGAUAUAGUCCGGCCCAGGGAAAUAAGUAACAGAUCCAAAAAUGCAAAAGCUUUACAUGCAAUUCAACUCGCAUGUGGAUCUGAGAAUCUCUCCAACAUAAGAAAAGUGAAAAAUGCGAGAGACGCUUGGAAUCACUUGAAGUUCACCUUCAGCGAGGACUCGAGAGCCUUUCCAGAUACUGAGCAGGGAAGUGAAAGUCAACACAUUUUCAAGCUCCACAGUUACAUCAAGAGAGGCUACUGGAACGAUGCAAAAUCCUUCAUCGAAAGAAACACCGAUGCAAUCUUCUUUACCGUGCCCUCUUCAGGAAGAACCGUCCUUCACGUCGCGGUGGCUUCCGGGCAAAAAGCGAUAGUGAAGGAGUUGGUUAACAGAGGGAACCGGCGGCUGCUGAGAAUGCAAGACAAAAAGGGAUACACUUGUCUUGCUCUUGCUGCUAAAUUUACAGAUGACACGGAGAUCGCGGAGUGGUUGAUUAAGAAAGGAGGAACAGAGAUGCUAACCAUCAAGACCAAAGAUGACGACGAGGGUGGUGGUGGUAGUGUUGAUGAUAAAAUAACAAAGCGAAAGAAAGAUGACGAUGAUAAUGAUGAUGGUAAUGACAAAGGAAAGAUUCCAGUGGUGAUAGCAGCAGCCAUGGGUCACAAAAAGAUGACCAAGUAUCUGUUCUCCCAAACUCCUAUUGAGGUCUUUUUCGACAACGAUGGCCAUUACGGGCUUAUGCUUCUCAGGCGAUGCAUCGAUGCAGAAAUAUUUGAUCUUGCCGCCGUGUUACUCCAACAUAGACGAAAUAGGACGAUGAAUCCUCUGAUUCGUAAACCCAAAGACCUUCGGCCCAUAGUAUAUGCAUUAGCUCACAUGCAUUCUGCAUUUCGUAGUGGUACCCAUCUUGGAUGGUGGCGGCAAUUUAUUUAUAAAUGUUUGAGAAUACCAUCACACUUAGACCUUGACGGUACUAGUAUCGAGAUCGUUCUACAUGUCAAAUACGAUAAGGAACCACCAAACAGAAAUACAGUUUCAUGGAAAAUCAUUAUCAAAGUAGUCGUUUUGUGGCCCUUGAAACUCCUAAUAUGGCUACCUUUUAAGCUAUUGAUCAAAUAUGUCAUCGCUCCACCAGUUUUACCAAUACUUCGAAUACUUCCUGGAAGUGAGAAAAUAUAUGAGAUGAAAAGGAACCAUUAUCUGGUACUUGAAAUUCUCAAAUGCUUGAGCAGAAAAAUGUCAUCACUAGAGGAACCAGAGCUACAUGAGUGCUUAGCCUACGACACUAUAUUACAUGCAGCCAAGCAUGGAAUUAUUGAGUUCAUAGAUUCAAUGAGGCAUGCGAAUCCUGAUCUUAUGUGGGCCAUGGACAAAAAUAAGAGGGGCAUAUUUUCACAUGCAAUUUUGAAUAGACAAGAAAAAGUGUUCCAACUCAUUACCAAAAUUGAAGGGCAUAAAGAGAUGAUUGCGUCCCGUAAAGACGUGUUUAACAAUAACAUGUUGCACUUGGCAGCAGCCUUAGGACCUUCCUCUUAUCUUGAUAGUAGAUCCAAUGCGGCUCUUCAAAUGCAAAGAGAACUUCAUUGGUAUAAGGCGGUGAAAGAUAUUGUGCAUCCCAAGUGCAAAGAAGCUAAAAAUGUUGAUGGCAAGAAGCCUCGUGAACUGUUCACCAAAAACCAUGAGAGUUUGGUGAAAGAAGGUGAAAACUGGGCAAGAGAUACCGCUCGUUCUUUUACGAUUGUUGGUACUCUCAUCAUCACCAUCAUGUUCGCUGCAGCCUUCUCUGCCUCAGGAGGACGUGAUUCAGACACUGGCGUACCCACCUUAUUAAGGUUAAGAAAGCGUGCUUUUAAGGUGUUUAUUUUAGCAGAUGCAAUUUCGCUCAUCACAUCUUCUUCUUCGGUCUUGAUUUUUAUUUGGAUCCUGACGUCGCGUUACGCUGAGAAUGAUUUCCUCUGGAAGUUACCCGUCAAAUUCCUCGCAGGCCUCCUCACCCUGUUUGUUUCAUUGACAUCCAUGAUGAUAGCCUUUGGUGCUGCGCUUUAUAUGAUGCUCAAGGGACACAGAGGGAUUAUAAUGGCAGUGGUAUCGCUCGCGGUUGUUCCAGUUUUGGUACUCAUACCAACACUGUUGUUCCUCUCUUUUGAGAUUUUUAUAUCUACAUGGAGAUCUAGUUUGCUCCCUGAUAAGAAGGGAUAGAGAAAAGUUUGGCUGAUAAAUAGCAUUAUUUGGCUUGGCAAGCUUUGGGAAAAACGUUUUAACCAACAAAGGCUAAAAGGAAAAACGUUUUUCUUUUUUGUUUUUUUCAAUAUGUAAUAAUUCUCUAAGAAAAAGUGCAAAAUAGAAUACUUUUUGUGUGUAUUUCCCUAUAAAUUGUAUGCAGAUACUA